AUGCCCCUUGCGCCAGUGCCUGUGCUAAGAAAUGCACAUGUAAAUUUACCUUUUCCACAGAUGAGUCAUCAAGAAAAAACAUUCAGAGAAAAUCUAACUCAAUGGAUGGAGUUUGUUCUCCUGGGUUUUGCUGAGCUGCCCCAUCUUCAGUGGUUUCUGUUUGGAUUGUUUUUAAUCAUCUAUAUUAUCAUCCUGAUGAGCAAUGGUACCAUAGAUCUAAUAACAAAAAUAGAUCCUGCUCUCCAGAGCCCUAUGUAUUACUUCCUAUCAAAUUUUUUCUUGGAAAUCUGCUAUGUGUCAGUUACUCUCCCCAGAAUGCUGAUGAAUCUUGGGACUCAGCAAAGAAGAAUAACCUUAGUUGCCUGUGCUACACAGAUGUGCUUUGUCCUUAUCCUUGCAGGCACAGAGUGUUUGCUCCUGGCAGUGAUGGCCUAUGACCGCUACGUGGCUAUUUGUAACUGUCUGCACUAUCCUCUGGUCAUGAACCACAGGGUCUGUAUCCAGUUGGUGACUGGCUCCUGGAUGAUUGGAAUCCCAAUUCAGAUAGGGCAGACUUAUCAGAUUUUCUCAACGCCUUUUUGUGGAUCUAACCAAAUCAACCAUUUCUUCUGUGAUGUCCCCCCAGUAUUCAAGCUGGCCUGCAGGGACAUCUUUGUGAAUGAGAUAUUGCUCUGUGUAGUUAUCGUGUUCAUUGGCAUAAUUCCAUUUCUGUUGAUCCUUGGCUCCUACAGUAAAAUCAUCUCCACCAUCCUGAAGUUGCCAUCAGCCACAAGCAGGGCCAAAGCCUUCUCCACCUGCUCUUCCCAUCUGAUGGUUGUACUGUUGUUCUUUGGCUCAGUCAUCAUUACAUACCUAAGACCCGAUACUAGUCACUCAGAGAGAACUGGCAAAGUGCUUUCUCUUUUCUACACUAUCCUAACUCCUAUGUUUAAUCCCACGAUAUAUAGUUUAAGAAACAAAGAUGUCAUAGUGGCACUGAGAAAACUACUAUGUAAAUAA